GAUAAUGUAGCGUACAUGUACAUGUUUCUGCUGACGCGAUUGAGAGCAGUCUCGGUAAGUCCAACAGUCAGCGAACGCACCAUUAAAGCGACACUGGCAUCAAACUGGAUUCACUUCAAGCCCAGUUUCACUUCCUGCGUUCAGGUGUCCAUAGAGGGAAUGACCAUGUUUGAGAACAUUGGAGAAGUGUCGCCAACCGAGCGCCAGCAGGUUCUGGAUGCUCUGGAGCGUCUUCAGUCCAAGCUGGUUCAGAAGGAGGAGUGGAGCCACAGCGAGCAUGUGGGCACCCUGAAGGAGACCCUGCAGAGUCCUCUUUUCACUCACAUCCUGACUCUGCAGCACUCCAUCAGGCAGCUGAGGAACCAGCUGAGCAGUAUGCCACCAGCUGCUGGCGGCGAGUUCAGUUUUUCCAAAAAAGGUCAGCUGAUUAUGAGCGCAGAGGGCUCAACUCCGCCCACCCUUUCCGCCUCCUCAGCCAUCCUGACCAAUGGUUCGGCUCCACCCUCCCAUCAGACUCCGCCCCCACCUGCUGACCUUCAGGAAUGGAUCCUGUCCGCUGCCAGGGGCCGACACACAGAACGCGUCAGGCUGACUCGGCCGCAGUCAGGUGGUCUUGGUUUUAGCGUGGUGGGUCUUCAUCCAGGAAGCAGCAGUCAGGAUGUCUUCAUCAAACACAUCCAGCCUGGAGGCGUGGCCCAAAGGGAUGGGCGGCUUCAGGUGCGGGAUCAGGUCCUGGUGAUCAACGGACGCCCUCUGGAGGCGGGGAUAAGCCAUCAGCAGGCCCUCACCUUGCUGCAGCAGCCUGGAGAGACGCUGGAGCUGCUGGUCGCGAGGGACCGCCCACCCAGGGAAUCACCAGUAGCAGUUCCUGCCGCCUCGACCAUUGAUGAUAAAAACAUGGGUCAAUGGGGUCACGUGGAGGAGAUCCAGCUGGUGAACGACGGCUCCGGUUUGGGCUUCGGUAUCGUGGGCGGGAAGACUACUGGUGUGGUGGUGAGGACACUCCUCACAGGCAGCGUGGCUGACAGGGAUGGGCGUCUCCGCACAGGUGACCACAUCCUUCGCAUUGGGGCCACGUCCACCAGUGGUCUCACCAGUGAUCAGGUGGUCAAGGUGCUGCAAGCGUGUGGGAGUCAUGUGACCAUGCUGAUCGCUAGGGACCCACACAGCCAGAGGACAAAUGCCCCGCCUCCCCCGCCACCACCAGACUCUUCCCCAGUGUCCACAUUACCCCCACCACUUCCAGAGCAACCUCCCCAGCGGCGAGUCAACAAAAUGCCCAACUUGGAGGGGUAUGAAAUCCAUGAGGUUCCGCUGAUCAAGAAAGACGGACAGAGCCUUGGAAUCUCCAUUAUCGGCCACAACCCACUCACCAGUCAAGACGCGGUGGGCGUGUUCAUCAAGCAUGUGGUCCCAGGCAGUGCCGCGGAUCACAGCGGGAACAUCCGAGUGCACGACCGUCUGAUUGGCCUGGACGGCGUCAGCGUGCACGGUCUGACCAAUCAGGAAGUUGUGGAGGUGAUGAAGCAGACGGGCCGGACCGUGGUCCUGACGGUGGUCAGGAAGAAGACCAGAACUCUGGAGAGGUCCCUAGACAGAGUGGAAUCUUCUCGCGGGUCACUGCGAACGUCACUGGAGGUCAGACAGAACAGGAGCAGUGCUCCAGAUGCAGCGCUGAAGGCCAAGUGGCAGCAGUCUUUGGGUCCGGAGUACCAAGUCCUGGUGAUUACGUUGCAUCCUGUGAUUGAAGACGACGCUGAGCUGCAAAGGUCCUCCAAGCUACUGCCUGUCCACAUGCUGAGGCUCGGUGUGGAGUUAGACUCCUUUGAUGGCCACCACUACAUCUCCUCUGUGGCCCCAGGAGGCCCCGUGGAUAAACAUGGCGUCCUGAGACCGGAGGACGAGCUGCUGGAGCUAAAUAAUGUGCAGCUGUAUGGAAAGUCUCGUCGGGAGGUUGUCUCUUUCCUCAAGGAAGUGCCUCCCCCUUUCACGCUGGUCUGCUGCCGACACGCAGCCUUUGACAUGGAAGCAGAAAUGGAGUCGGAAUAUGAAUUAGGACAGCGACCAGUAAGCAGCAUGGAGGACCUGGAGGUGAAGCUGGCGUCGGCUCUCUGCAGUAACACAAGUGUGGCGCAUGAGGAGCACCAGGAAGUCAUGCAGCAGGUCAUUGAGGCUAUGGAGGAAGAGGAGGAGCACGAGAGGAGUGAACACGGCCAAGACGACGAUGAAGAAGAGGGGGAGCUGGCUCUGUGGUCGACUGAUGUUGACAUUUUAGAGCUGCACAAGGAAGCAAAUAGAGGUCUGGGCUUCAGCAUCUUGGACUACCAGGACCCAGUGGACCCUGCUCGCUGUGUGAUGGUGAUCCGCUCUUUGGUUCCUGGUGGCUCGGCUGAGCGUCACGGUGGUCUGCAUCCUGGAGACCAGCUGGUGUCUGUGAACCGCAUUCAGCUGGACCAGCUGAGCCUGGCCCAGGCCGUGGAGGUCCUCAAGUCUGCUCCGCACGGCAUCGUCCGUUUGGGAAUCCGCAAGCCGAUGGUGGUAAGGGCCCACCUUCAGGUGGAGGGAGGCAAGCGAGGAACCAACAGCGAUGCUGAUCAGAUGUCAGUCACAGACACGGAGACGCCUCCACCGCAAGGCUCUACAGAAGAUGACUUUGGUCAAAGGCAAAUGGAGGAGGAACCAGAGCUGAUCCUGGACGGCGGCCUGCCUCGCUAUGCCACCCCUUCUCUGACCUCUGACCUUCCUGUGGAGGAGGGCAGGGAGAUGGCUGUGGAUGAUGAGGAGCAGAAGGAACAGAUAAAGGAAGAGAAGAUGAGCUCUCCUCCCAGAAAAGCUCCUCCAUCGUGGGAGGAGUGGAAACUGGCGUCCUUACUUCGAACAGGAAGAGCUGGGGAGACUGUGAGAGGAGAUGUUGAGCUUCCAGGUGAAUGCAGAGACAUGGAGGCCGACUCAGAAGUCACUGUGACAGAUACGGACACAGAGUCCAUGAGAAUGAUAGACAUGGAGAAGAGGAGGAGGCGGAGUCAAGGAGGAUAUUCGGCUGCUCAAAGUGGUCACAAAGACCUUCCUGAGCGUGAGGAGGGUGAGGGAGAGGAAACCCCAGCCUUCAGUCACUGGGGACCCCCCCGCAGGGUGGAGGUCUGGCCUGAGGAGGGCCAAUCGCUGGGCUUGAGCAUUGUGGGAGGUCAUCACGUCAUCAAGCGUCUGAGGAACGGAGAAGAGCUCAAGGGAAUCUUCAUAAAGCAGGUCCUAGCUGGAAGUCCUGCUGCCAGGACCCAGUGUCUGAAGACUGGAGACAAGAUCCUGGAGGUGUCAGGUGUGGACCUGCGAGCUGCCAGUCAUGAAGAGGCUGUCAGUGCGAUCAAAACAGCUUUGAGUCCUGUUGUCUUCAUUGUCCAGAGUCUGUCUGCUAUACCACGGGCGGUGUCUCUACCAGUGGCCAUGUCCAAAAGACACAAAGCAGACAAGAGGACACACUCUCUGGCCCCAGCAUUAGCCUCGCCUCUUGUGCGGCAGCCGCCACCUUACAGGCCUCCCAGUCAAUUGGAGCUGAGCUCAGAACUGAAGCAGGCCAAAGAGCGUUGGUGUGAGCGUUAUGGUGACCUGCGGGGGGAACUCUUGUGUGUGGAGCUGGAGAAGGAGCGGCAAGGUUUGGGUCUCAGCCUGGCAGGGAACCGCGACCGCUCCCGACUCAGCAUCUUUGUGGUGGGCCUUCAUCCCGGUGGGGUGGCUGCACGUGAUGGACGCAUCCAUGUGGGGGAUGAACUCCUGGAGGUGAACGAUCACAUUCUUUAUGGGCGGAGUCACCAGAAUGCCUCAGCCAUCAUCAAGAGCUCCGCCUCCAAGGUCAAACUCAUCCUGCUCAGAAACCACGAUGCUAUAAACAACAUGGCCGUCCCGCCGUUCCCCCCUCCCCCUGCUACCAUCCCUGAGCCAAGCGUUUCCCCGCCGCCUUCAGGAGACUCUACCUCCACAGACUGGCCCCGCCCCCCAGACAAUGUGAUGCUCCUCCCAUCUUCAAACAUGCAGGCAGGAUCAUUAAAUAUGCAAACGAUCCCACAUCCUCCCCUGCUGCUGAAGUCACCUGAUAUCACACAGGACGAGACAAGCCAACAGGCGGAAGGAACCGGUGAUGUCGCCCCCGGCAGUCUGAGGGAGGACGACACCAUCUUGGAGACAUCAAAACAUGAGCAGGUUGCCAAGGCCCCCACAGAGCAGCAGUCGGGCAGGUGGUCCGGCGGCAAAGCCAGGGGUGCGUCACAUGACACAAUCAAAGGAAGCUCCGCCCCCUCAGAGCCUCGGCACUGUGCGGUGCUUCCCGGUCAGGAGACCACCUUGGAGAUCUGGAAAGGUGGAAGUGGACUUGGACUCAGUGUCGUAGGAGGGAGGGACACGCAACUGCAGGCCAUUGUGAUCCAUGAGGUUUAUGAAGAAGGUGCAGCAGCCAGAGAUGGUCGACUGUGGGCGGGAGAUCAGAUCUUGGAGGUCAACGGCGUGGAUCUGCGGGGGGCGUCACAUGACGAGGCCAUCUUGGCUCUCAGACAGACGACGUCCAAAGUUCUUCUGACGGUUCUGAGGGACGAUGAUCACUACCCGCAUCAUCAGAACCUGGACGUCUUUUUGGUGGACCUCCACAGAAAGAGCGGACGAGGGCUUGGUGUCAGCAUUGUCGGGAAGAGGAGUGGCAGUGGCGUGUUCAUUUCUGAGGUGGUCAAAGGGGGCGUUGCUGAGCUGGACGGUCGUCUCAUGCAAGGAGACCUCAUCCUGUCUGUCAAUGGCCGCGACACAAAACACGCCUCCCAGGAAGCUGUGGCCGCCAUCUUAAAGUGUGCCCGAGGUCCUGUCCUCCUGGAAGUGGGCCGACUCAAAGCAGCUUCCUGGUCCACUUGCUCAACUUCGCAUAAGGAUGACGUUGGAGGAGAAAGUGUUGCCACCCCUCCCCUCGUGAAGAUGCCGACCUCGAACCCAUGCAGCGACCUUGUAGCUCCAAGCAGCAGCAGCAUAAUGUCAGAAGAAGAUGUCACUUCCUGUACUGAUGAAAAUACAGACACUGGCGUCCGUACCGUGCACAUCAUCAGGGGUGCAUGUGACUCUCUGGGGGUUAGCAUAGCAGGGGGAAGGGGGAGCCCAUUAGGAGACACCCCCAUCUUCAUCGCCAUGAUUCAAGACGAUGGCGCCGCAGCAAAAACACAACAACUCAAGGUUGGCGACAGGCUUGUUAGCGUCAACAAUCAAUCAGUAGAGGGUCUGUCACAUGACGACGUGGUCAACAUGAUGAAACACACACAUGGAGACAUCUGUCUGCAGGUGGUGGCAGAUACUAACAUGAGUGCCAUCUUCAGUCAGCUGGACAACAUGUCCACUUUGUCCUCUCACACUGAUGACACACACCUUGCACACUCAUUAGGUCCACGUUCCCGCACCAUCCGUCUAGAAAAAACUAGUGAUGGACUGGGCUUCAGCAUCGUUGGAGGAUUUGGGAGCACACAUGGAGAUCUUCCCAUCUAUGUCAAAACCGUCUUCAGCAAGGGUGCAGCGGCAGUGGACGGGCGCCUGAAGCGAGGUGAUCAACUGUUGUCCGUCAACGGUCAAAGUCUGGAUGGUGUCACACACGAGCAGGCAGUCGACAUCUUGAAGAAACACACAGGAGCUGUCACACUGGAAGUACUGUCCUAACACACGCACACACACACGUAUUGUGUGACAACGAUACAGCUAAAUGCCUUGAUGCCAAUACUAGCAGUGAGCCUUGUUGUUCAGUGCUUGCUAGCAAAGUGUGCUACAUUAGCAUGUUGUGCUGUGAACAAAAAACACUAAAGUGACGGCAAAUAUGAAUUUAUAUCGACCGCUCCUGUUUUUGCUCUUACUUCCUGUGAAGAAUGUUCUUUUGUGCCCACAACCAUAACAGCAAAGUCUUCCAAAUGUUUGUUUUGUCUCAUUAAUGCUUAGCUUAGCAUCACACAUUGGACCUAACAAGCUAACUAGCUAGUCUCCUGCCCAGCUCAGCUAGCUAGCAGUCUUAGCGGAAGAACUGCCUUGGUUUAAAUUGUCUCAUUCUUUAGCUGUGUUUGCACUAACUGACAAGACGUUUGUUAAUUCACAUGUUGUCUCAUGAAAUAAUCCAAAA